AUGGCAGAAGUACGACUUUACGACUCGACGAUUUGUCGACUGUGUGCGGAAGACAAUGGCAACGGUGAAUUAUUGUACAUGGGCGAGAGCGACGAUCCAGAUUUGAGUUCUAUGGUCAAUCGGUACUUGCCGCUCAAGAUACGGGAUGAUGGCAAACUACCACGCACCAUUUGCCCUGGUUGUAACAUUCAACUGGAGGCUACGAUACAGUUUUUUGAAUUAUUGGUGGAUGGUCAAAGAAAAAUUCGUGAGAUGUGGAAGCAUCAGAUAGAACAGCAACGUAAGGCCGAACGAGAACGCUUACGUGCAGAAAAGGAAACUACAGAAGUCAGAUCAGAAGCAUCACAACUAGACAAUAUUUCAAGAUACAACGAAGAGGACCAGUUUGAACAACAGAUUAUAAUAAAAAUAAUGCCAGAUGGUUCUAUGUAUGCUGCUGAACACGAAAUGAGUUUACAAAUGGAGGGAUUGAGCAAACCAAAACGAAAACGAGGACGUCCACCGAAGUCUCAUACAGAAAAUAUGUCUAUGGAAUUGGGGAAAAGAGAAGCAGUAGAGAUAGCUAGUCAAGAAGAAGAAGACAAACAUGAAGAAGAAACAGAUGAACUAGAUGGAGAUGGAAGACGUCGUAGAAAGCGUAAAGUUCCUAAAAGAUAUAUGGAAGCUGUUCAGGGGAAAGAACUAGAAAGAAUAUACAAAGAAGAGGGAGUAAUUGAUGAAGAAGAUGAUGAUGAACCUGAUAAUUUUGAAGAUUCUGAAGAACAAUUAAAUAUGUCUGUUCCUGAUAGUCAUGAAGAAAUAAUUGGUCACUUAGAAUCUGAAGAAGGAAAAGAUCUUGGAGAAUUGGUGAUUGUAAAUCGAGGUAGAGGACGAGGUCGACCAAAAUUACGCCGUAGAAGAAAUAAAUUCACAUGUCAAUUGUGUGGUCGAGGAUUUCUUCAACGUAGCAGAUAUAUUGUACACAAGAGUUUUCACAAAAGUAUAAAGUACGAAUGUUCAGAAUGUAAAAAAUUAUUUACAAGUAAAGAAAAUUUAGAAUUGCAUCAAAAGGCAACUCAUGAUGUUGGGAAUGAUAUUAAUCAAGAUUUUGAACAUAUUGUUCAAGAUCCAAACUUUGAAUCAAAACAGCACUUAUCUGAAGGAGAUGAUAUAUCUAGCACACUUGAUCAUGCUUUAACUGAGGAACAACAUUCAAAUAAAUUGUCAAGUAAUUCUAGUGAUUCUCAUAAAAAUUUUUCAUGUGAUCAAUGUGAGAAGUUAUUUGAAACAAAAGAAAUGCAUGACUUACAUUUAAAAAUGGCUCAUGAUCGCGAUAAAUUAUUUAUAUGCACUAUUUGUAAUAAAAAUUUCACUCAACAAGCGGCUUUGAAACAUCAUUUGUCAAUACACGAGAGAAAUAAAUUAGAGAAAGAGUAUCCAUGUGAUAUUUGUGGAAAAGUGCUUAAUCAUCCUAGUUCUGUGGUGUAUCACAAAGAAGCAGAACACAAUAAUGGACGCCGAUUUGUUUGCAACAAAUGCGGGAAAAGUUUUAAACAUAAACAACUGUUACAACGUCAUCAACUUGUUCAUUCUGAUGAUCGGCCAUAUAUUUGUAAAUCUUGUAAUGCCAGUUUUAAAACAAAAGCAAAUUUAAUUAAUCAUCAGUCUACACAUACCGGGGAAAAGAAAUAUUUUUGCGAAAUUUGUGGACAACAAUUUGCACAUAAAACUAGUCUUACACUCCAUUAUAGGUGGCAUACAGGACACAAACCUUAUACAUGUGAGGUAUGUCAUAAAAGUUUUUCACAAAAUGGAAAUUUACAAGAACAUAUGCGAAUACAUACAGGAGAAAAACCUUAUUGCUGCGAUUAUUGUGGUAGAAAGUUUACUACUUCUUCGCAAUUUAAACUUCAUGUUAAACGACACACUGGCGAACGUCCUUGGAAAUGUGAAUUUUGUGCAAAAUGCUUUUUGCAUAAAGAUACGUGGAAAUGUCACGUACGCAGACACAAAGGAGAACGUCCUUUUCAAUGUGCUCAUUGUAAUCGAGGUUUUACUGAACAAUGGGCUUUAAAAAAGCAUCUUCGUUUGCACACCGGUACAUAGAGAAAAUAAACUUUCUGCAAUAAGUGAAAUAGAAGGAUCUCCUAUCGGAGAAGUUUGGCAAAUUUUACCAAGUUCUCAAGAAUCUGAUGAGCAUUCAUUAACUGACCAAAUGGCACAAGUUAUUGCGGAUGAGACAUCUGGAGAUGGUAUUCAACAAAUAAUAUAUGUUUCAUAUCAAGAUCCAGAUGAUCCUAAUCAAUCUCGAACUUUGCAUUUCGUUGAUACUGGAAUGAUGAGAAAUAAGGAGGAGAAACCAAAUGUAAGCCAAUCAUUAUCACAUUUAAACGUUAGCAAUGAUGGAAUGCUUUCUAAUCCAGUUCAUGCUAAUGAAAAUAAUAGCUCAAACGAACGAAUAAAUGUGGAACUUUCAGAAUCUGAUCUUCAACUUCAGAUUACAGAUGAAGAAGGUAAUCCAAUUCCUCUUUCAAUUCAAGAUGCCCGACAGCUUUUAUCUCAAAGUCAAUUUGUUAAUCAAUUAAGUGAUGGUCAAGAAAUCCGAGUUCACCCUGGUGUCAUACCAGAUGAAUUAACAACACCAUUAAAUGUACACGUUAAUCAAAAUUCUGACAAGAAUGUUGACAUUUCCAAUGCGGUAGAAACAAAAGUGAAAAAUAUUUCAACUGUACAAACAGAUGCAGAAGCAAUUGUGAAAGCACUACAGGAUGAAGAUACAGAUGCAAAUGCUGUUGCAACAAUUAAUCAAAUAGAAGGAUCAGAACAAUCAGAAAUUGCCGAAAACGAACAAGCAAUAGAAUUCACUACACAAGAUGGUCAGAAAGUUCGUUUAGUUACUUCUUAUCACGUGGAUCCAAUGCAACUUGCUUCUGAGUACCUGACUAUUGUAUAAAUUUUAAAAAUAAUUAUGGUUCAUACAAACAUUUUAUACUGAAUAACUGAAUUUUUAAGAUACAUUACUUAUUAAUAAAACUUUGCUAGCUUACAAAAUUGAUUAAAUCAUGUACAAUUAUAAUUGCUAGAUAGAUAAACAGAUAGAUAGAUAAUUGUUUAUUCCUAUAGACAAUUUCUUGUUUUAGUUCUCUAAAGCAAUUAUAGUCGUAUUGAUAAAUGCUCCAAAAAUUUCGUUAAUAAUUAGACAAUAUAUUCGGAAAGAUCUCCAUAUAAAUUGCUUUUUCUUAUUUUAUUUUUAAAUAGUAAAUUAAUUUAACGAAAUUCUUAAAUGUCUUACUAAAUAUUGUAAUAAUCGAUCGAUGAUAUAUACGCGUGCUUAUAUGUAGAUUAUGUAUACAUGUGUAAUAAAUAUUUAAAACAUUUGUUAUUUCUUUUUCGAUAUUUAAUAUAUUAAAAAAAAGAAUGAUACAAAAAUUUUAUUAAUUAUUUUCAAAAUUUCAUUUAAAAGUUUAAAUCAUAUUCAUUCACCUUCAGAAAACCAGCAUCUCUACAAAGUUGAUACAUUUGAUUUAAAUGUUCAUUAUUCUCAAUAACAUGAUCUUUCAGCAAUAAUUCUGUUCUUAGAUUUGAACCAAUUAAAUCUUUAUAUCCAAUUAAUUUUGUUCCAACAUUCAAGGUAUUUACCCACAUUGUAUUUCCCAAAUGUAAAUUUACCUAUUUAAAUUUAAGUUUAUAUUAUAUCUUUUCUAUAAACAUUAUGAAAAUCGAUAAAAAUAUUCAAUAACAAAUAAAUUAACAAUAAUAAUAUAUUGUACCGUUCCAAUUACAUAAGAUUUGUCAUCAACAUUUUCUUUAAACCACUGAUGCACAGCAUUAAUUGCACAAUUAUUCCAAACAUAUUCAUUAUCAUGUGGAGCUAUACCAGUUAAAAAUACUUCCAUCACUUGAAUAGGAUAUUUUAUAAGCUCUUCUGGCAUAUAUAACAAUCUAUAUACCUAAUAUAGAAAAUUAUAUUAAUAUAUUACAUAUUUUGUACUGUUAUGCUAUAUGAAUACUUACUUCUACUUUGUUCAAAAUUAUUCCAUUGUCAAUACAUUUUACAUUUACGUAUUUUGGAUUCCCUGUUUUAUUUUCUCUCUCAAUAUGUAAAAUUUGUACUCUUUUAAAGGUAUCUACUGGCUCUUCUAAACCACAUAUAUAUCCUACAUCUAGCAUUUCGCAUCUCUUCCUACAAUAA